AUGGACAAAGGGGAACUCACACAAUUUCCAGCAGCAGCUGGGGUGUACGCUGUGUACUCCCCUGAUGGACGCUGUCAAUACAUCGGCCUCUCCCGGAAGGCAACUGUGAGCAUCGCCAGCCACCUCCAGGAGUUGAGGGACCUGACACAUGCUGUCAGAUACGAGGUAGUUGAGAACCCGUCCAGGGAGGACCUGACAGCUAAGUGGCAGGAGUGGGUCCAAGCAGCAGUGGCGGAGAACGGGGAAGUCCCGCCAGGAAAUGCAAAGGGGAAUACGACGUGGGCGAUCCGGCGCGCGAUGGCCAAGCCGGAGAUCAAGCUGACGCCGGGCAAGGGGUUGCAGGAUCUCACGUGCUCCAUCGAGGACCUCUUGGACCAGGUCGUCAAAUCCAACAAGGUGGUGGCUUUUGUGAAGGGGACGCGCACGCAGCCGCAGUGUGGUUUCUCACACAAGGUCCUCAGCAUCCUGAACGAAAUCCGCACUCCAUAUGAAGUGGUGAAUGUACUGGACGAGACCUACAACCCGGGGUUGAGGGAAGCCAUCAAGGCAUACAGCCAGUGGCCAACAAUUCCACAGUUGUACAUCGAUGGAGAGUUUGUGGGCGGAGCUGACAUUCUGGAGGAGAUGCACACCAACGGGGAGCUUAGAAAGAUGCUCUCGACUUGAGGGCGCUGCUAUCAGCAAGUUGAAGAAUCUCCUGGGGGAGUGAUGGAGAUCAGUGAGCUGCUUUGGGGUUGUGUGCCCUGUAUCUUGGCAGCUUGCAUGCAUGCGCGGUCCCAUCGGAAAUGCAAUCAGUGCGCCGCACUCUGGUCGUGGUGGGAAUUCCCUGGAGGAAUUUAUUUGCUGCCGUGCACGUCCCAACGUUGCUUGAAUGGCAUUGUCACAGUGACAGCGCAAUGUGUUCCUCGCCAUGCAAGAUACUCUCAGUAUGGCUGUAAUAGUAUAUUGCCAAGC